AUGGCUGCUGAAGCUGAAGGUCUACCGUUGGCCGCGCCUGCCAACACUCGUCGUCCAACUGCUACGCGCAACAUCCUGCCUGUGCUGUACACAUUACUGGCGGCGGCGACAUUUCUUGCAUACCUUGCUGUCCGCGCUUCAGAAGACACCCAACCCCACCGCUUCCAGCACGUUCCACUCGAUGCGGACGUGAUCCUUUCGCGGUGUGCUGCACUGUAUAAGACGCCAGGCCCACCGACCGGCUUCUCUGCUCGAGAGACGUCAGAGAGGUUCGAGUCUGAUACGAAGCCGACGCUGGUUCGGAACGCGACCAUUUGGACGGGUGCGCGCAAUGGUACCGAGAUUGUGUACGGUGAUGUCUAUCUCGACAAGGGCAUUAUCAAGGCCUUUGGCGAUAUUCCGGAAACACUGUACACGGAGCGGAAUGAUGUUGUAGUAUACGAUGCUGAAGGUGCUUGGGUCACUCCAGGAUUGGUUGACCUUCACUCUCAUGUUGGUCUGCUCAGUGCGCCGCUCAUGCGCGGCACGUUCGAUGUCAACUCUAGGCAUGGACCAGUACUUCCUUGGCUCAGGAGUAUCGACGGGUUCGACACACAUGACGACGCGUUCCUGCUCGCGAUUGCUGGUGGUGUGACAACAGUCCAAGUUCUCCCUGGCAGCGGCAACGCGAUUGGUGGUCAAGCCUUUAUGUUCAAGUUACGCAAAACAUCUGACAGGUCACCUACAUCCAUGCUCCUGGAACCUCCACACAGCCUGAACGGCACGGAGGCCGACCACGACGAGCCUCUACGCUGGAGACACAUGAAGCAGGCGUGCGGAGAGAACUUGAGGCGUUACGGAAAUCGCAUGGAUGCGAUCUGGUCUUUCCGCUCCGCAUAUAAUGAGGCCCGAAAGAUCAGAGAUGCGCAAGACACUUAUUGUGCUAAGGUGGAGGCCGGUCUAUGGGACGAGAUACGGGGACAGUUCUAUCCGGAGAACUUACAGUGGGAGGCAUUGGUAGACGUGCUGAGAGGACGACGAAUUGAUCGUGAGCAACAGAUCUCCAAUCACUGCUACGAGGAAGUAGACUUGGAUGAUAUUGUCCGGUUGACGAACGAGUUUCAAUUCCCAAUUGCCUCCUUCCACCACGCCUCAGAAGCUUGGCUUGUUCCUGAAGUGCUCAAGCGAACCUGGGGCGGAACCCCUGCCAUAGCCAUAUUCGCGACGAACCAUCGGUUCAAGCGCGAGUCUUACCGUGGUUCUGAGUUCGCCCCUCGCAUCCUUGCAGAUAAUGACAUACCCGUAGUGAUGAAGUCUGAUCAUCCUGUCUUAAACAGUCGCUACCUCCUGUUCGAAGCUCAACAGGCACACUACUUCGGACUACCCCCCAACAUGGCCUUGUCGUCCGUCACCGCCGUGCCGGCCACCGCUGCCGGCAUGUCGCACCGCGUCGGCAUUCUUCAGAAAGGUGCUGACGCCGAUAUCGUGCUCUGGGACUCUCAUCCUCUCCAGCUCGGCGCUACCCCGCGUAAAGUCUGGAUUGACGGCAUCCUGCAAGUGGGUUCAGAUGAGGAUGCCGUAGUGAUUGGGAAGGGCAAAGGAGGAAGUGCGUUUCAACGCGUGCCUAGCGUCCCCAACUGGGACAAGGAACGGGAGGAGGCGGUCAAGUGGGAGGGGCUUCCGCCCCUCGGCACCGUGAAGCAUAGCGGUUGCGUGAGGUUUAGGAAUGUCGGUGAGGUCGUCGUCAGGGAUCCAGAGGCGGAGGAGGGUCUACGGUCCCUCUUCGUUGGGGAAGGGCUAGGAGACGUCGUGUUCGACGAAGGCAGACUCGUCUGCGUCAGGACGGAUUGCGUGAACGUCGAUGGGUCUGACGUGGUCGCAGAGUUGGACCUGCGUGGAGGCAGCAUCGCGCCGGGUCUCAUGAGCUUCGGGUCGCCUCUUGGUAUCGAGGAGAUUGCGGGCGAGCCCUCAACGGGAGAUGGCUUGCUCUAUGACCCAUUCCUGAGCGAUGCUCCUGGGAUUCUAGACGACAAGGGCGGUAUGGUACGCGCAGCGGAUGCACUACAGUUUGGGACAAGAAAUGCCCUCCUCACACACCGCAGCGGCGUCACGUACGCCGCCUCUUCCCUAGCGAAGAGCAGCACGUUCGCCAGAAGUCCAUACACCCUCGCUGGUCUCUCAGUCACCUUCCGCACCGGCUCUGCCCAUGCACUGGAGUCUGGCGCUAUCCUCAAGGACAUCACUGCGCUUCAUGUGGUCGUCAGUCGCACGGCGCCCUUCUCUGCUGAGAGCCGCGUGAGCGUCAGCACUCAGAUCGCCGCGCUACGGAGAUUGCUGCUUGAUGGCGAGCCUGAUCACACCGAGAUAGGCUAUUGGUUCCAGAAGGUUGCCCAAGGAGGGAUUCCGCUGGUCAUUGAUGUCGCGAGCGCCGACAUAAUGGCGACGUUGCUUAGGCUCAAGGACGAGAUCGAGGAGGCUCGCGGAUCUAACAUGAGAAUGGUGUUCUUCCACGCGACUGAAGCUCAUCUUAUUGCGGAGGAUAUCGCUAAAGCAAACGUGGGGGUCAUACUGGAACCGGCGAGACCCUUUCCGCACACAUGGGACGACCGCAGGAUCUUGGCCGGCCCGCCUCUUACGAACGACACUGCCCUAGUCGCCCUUGUGGAUGCCGGAGUCACAGUCGGGGUCGGGGUCCGCGAUGCGUGGCAAGCACCUAACACCCGCUUUGAUGCCGCAUGGACGGUGCUAGAGAGCAACGGACGCAUCACCAAAGAACAAGCACAAGCUUUCGUCUCAACGAACCUCGAGAAACUGUUGUGCGUGGGUGAAUGGAUCGGUCAGGACGGCGGCGACCUCGUCGCUUACCAAGGAGGCGGAACGUUCGACUUGUCUAGCAAGCCGGUGGCGGUCAUCUCCCCAGGACGAGCAUUGGUAGAGGUAUUCUGA